AUGACUGUAACACCCUCAGCAUCUGAUUCUCAAUCACUAUCUGUAACUCCACCAUCUGUAUCUGACUUUCUAUCAAUGAGUGUAACACCUUCAGCAUCCGAUUCUCAAUCACUAUCUGUAACCCCAUCAUCAAUAUCUGACCAACUAUCAAUGAGUGUAACAACUUCAGCAUCUGAAUCUCAAUCACUAUCUGUAACCCUGUCAUCAGUAUCUGACUCUAAAUCAAUGAGUGUAACAGCUUCCGCAUCUAAUUCCCGGUUAUUGUCUGGAACCCCAUCAUCAGUAUUUGACUCUCUAUCAAUGACUGUAACACCUUUAUUAUCCGAACCACAAUCACAAUCUUUAACCCCAUCAUCAGUAUCCGACUCUCUAUCAAUGACUGCAACAAUGUCAUCAUCGGAAUCUCAAUCACUCUCAGUAAUCCCGUCAUCAGUAUCUGACUCUCUAUCAAUGACUCUAACACCUACAACAUCUGAUUCUCAAUUGUUUUCUUUAACUCCAUCAUCUGAAGCUGAAUCUAUGUCAAUGACUGUAACACCUUCAGCAUCUGAUCCUUUAUCAUUAUCUUUAACUCUAUUAUCAACAUCUAUUUCCCAAUUAUCAACAUCUGUGUCACCAUUAUCAUCAUCUGUAUCCUCAGCAUCAUCAGAUGUAUCCCCAUCGUCAACAGCUUUAUCCCAAUCAUCAACAUUAUUAUCCCCAUCACUAACAUCUUCAUCCCAAUCACCAUCAUCUGUAUCCCCAUUGUCAACAUCUACAUCGCCAUUAUCAUCAUCUGUAUUCUCAUCAUCAUCAGGUGUAUCCCCAUCAUCAACAUCUAUAUCCCCAAAAUCGACAUCUUCAUCACCAUCGUCUGUAUCCUCAUUGUCAACAGCUGUAUCCCCAUCAUCGACAAUAGCUCCAAUUGACAAUAGUGUUUCAGAUGAAGCUGCCCUUAAUAAAGUUCAGUUCCUCACUGAUGGCUCGUUGCUUCCUGUUGCGUUUGCUGGCGUAUUGGCUUUGACUGCCGUGGCGUUAAUAGGAGCAUCUAUCAUACAUAAAAAGAGAACUAGCAAUGAUGGAACAAGGGAAGAACUUAGUGCGGAACAAGAUAUGCCAUCUUUUAGAAGCCCCAUAAUCACAAAUAAUCCUGAUACUUGGCAGCCCUAACACAAUGGUAGUGUAAAUUCAAAGCUAUUUAUAUGCUCUUUCUACAAUUAGCAUGGGAAGAUGACGUCUUGACAGAUCUAGACUCGGUGAUGCGUAAUGAAGUGCAACGCUUGGACGUGUUAAUGCCGUUGUGUCUUUAAACUGUUCGGGGAAUUUUAAUGCAAAGUAUGGACACUUAUUCAACUCCUAAUCUUUACAUGUUGUAUUGUAGAAUUCAUUGACUAGUCUAGUACAUCAGCAAUGUAGAUUUCUGUCGAGUAAAGGACGAUUACUUGGAACGAAAAAUAUCGACAAACAGAAUAGAUCGAAGUAUCCGUUAAUAAGUGUCCCGCAACACUCAAGUGUCAAGCCAAGGCGUUCACCUUCUACUGAGUCGUACACGAUCAGGGGUGGAUCUGUGAAUCCAAAAUUGAGAAGGGGUCGAAAAUGAAGUCAGGCCUCUCGAUCCUCAUUUCAGAUUUGUACCUAAUGAUGAUACAAAUUAUAUUAUAAAUAUUAUGAACAAAUCUCGUUUAUAAGAAUCAUUUACAUAACUAGUGUCCUGGGAUUGAGUAGCAGAAAUUUACCUGACAAAAAACUGUAAUCAAGAUAGUUUUGCCAUGUAAAAUAUUGUUGGCGCUGUGAACAUCCAUCAAAUAAUAUACCACAUUUUAAUUAAAUAUCCAGAAUAAAGA